AUGACUAUGGUUGACAAAGACAAUCGUUUUGUGGUACAUUUACCAUGGCUGGAAGAUCAUCCUCCACUGCAUGACAAUUUUAAUUUGGCUUUAAAGAGACUGGGCAAUACUGUACGAAAGUUAAAAGAAGAAAAUCUGUAUGACGAUUGUAAUCAAAUAUUUGAAGAAUGGGCAAGAGAGGGUAUAAUUGAGGAAGUUCCUAAGCACGAGAUUCAUUUGCUGGCUCAUUAUUUACCCCAUAGACAUGUCGUGAAAGAAAAUAGCAAGACGAGAAUCAGACCUGUGUUCGAUGCUUCGGCGAAAGUGAAAGCCUCCCCCUUCUUAAAUGAUUGUCUGGAGAAAGGAAUAAAUCUUGUAGAAUUGAUUCCUACUCUAUUAACGCGGUUUCGGAUGAACAAAUUUGGAGUCACAACAGGCAUCCGUAAAGCUUUUUUACAAAUUCGCCUUAAAGAAAAUGAUAAAGAUUUUUUAAGAUUUCUUUGGUAUAACGAAAAGAAUGAGCUGAAAUACUUUAGACACUGCCUUGUCGUCUUCGGAAUUUGUAGAAGUCCGUUCUUGCUUAAUUCCGUAAUCCAGUACAAUCUAGAAAUGAUUUUGGAGGAAGCACAAAUGGGUAACUCAAAAUAUCCUGCUGGUGUUGUAGAGAAGCUGAAAAAUAGUUUAUAUGUGGACAUUGACCUGGCUGGGUCACUAUUUCUCAGAGAUAAUAAGAAGUCUUGGGCAUGUCUCUUCACCUGCGCUGUCUAUAGGGCUGUACACAUCGAACUAGUGACUUCUUUAUAUACGCAAUCAUUUUUACUGGCUUUGCGCAGAUUCAUAGCCCGUAGGGGACGAUGCAGCAUUAUCUAUUGUGAAAAUGGCUCUAAUUUUGUGGAUGCUCUAAUCUGCUGA